UCGGAGCAAUCCAAUCAAUGAUUCUACUUGUUUGCUGAUGAUAGACAGUACAAGUAAAAAUCUUGUUCUUAUUAAUAGCAACAACGGCGUUGUUUGGUCAUCGUCAAACUCAACGAAGGAAGCCCAAAAUCCAGUAGUACAGCUCCUGGAUUCCGGGAAUCUUAUCUUAAGAGAUGGAAAUAAUGGAAAUUCUGGAAUAUACUUGUGGCAGAGCUUUGAUUAUCCAACUGAUACAUUACUAGCAGGAAUGAAGAUUGGAGAGAAAUUGAAGCCCCAACAUAGUAUGCGUCUUGUAUCAUGGAAAAACUGGGAUGAUCCGUCGCCUGGGGACUUUUUUUGGGACUUAGGAGUAGUACAUGAUAUUGUUGAGAAUCAGCUAUCAGGAAAGUCCAGUAUCUUGUUUCGAUCAGGGCCAUGGAAUGGCGUUACAUUUAGUGGUCUACCACAAUUUACGCCUAGCCAGGUUGAUGAUACAAAGUUUGUGCGUAAUGAAGAGGAAGUUUACUAUUUAUUCAACCAAAUGAAUACCAGUCUAACAUACAGGCCUGUACUGAACCAAACCAACAAUAGACUUGAGUUCAUAUUAUGGGAUCAAACUUCUCAAUCUUGGCAUCGGCAGUUUUAUUUUCCAUCCGAUCACUGUGAUUCUUAUGACAUUUGUGGUAGCUUUGGAAUUUGUAAAACUUCUACAGCACCAGAUUGUCACUGUUUGAAAGGAUUCAGUCCUAAAUCGCCGGAGAACUGGUACUCAAAGGAUUUUUCUCAAGGGUGUGUCCGUAACAAUUCAUUGAACUGCAGCAGUGACGGUUUUAUCAAAUUCACAGGGUUAAAAUUACCAGAUAUUAGAGAUACUUGGGCAAAUGAAAGUAUGAACCUCAAUGAAUGCAGAGCUAAAUGCUUACAGAACUGUUCAUGCACUGCAUAUUCAAGCUAUGAUAUUAGAAAUGGAGGCAACGGUUGUAUCAUUUGGUUAAAUGAUUUGACUGAUAUCAGAGAAAUUCCUGUUAAUGGACAGGAUCUAUACAUUCGAAUGUCUGCUUCUGAAUUGGGUGAUACUCUUACUUCAUCCCAAUCAAUUGUUGAUGGCCAGACCUUAGUUUCAAAAGAUGGAAAUUAUGAGCUUGGUUUCUUCAGUCCUGGUAGUUCCAGGAAGCGUUACUUCGGAAUUUGGUACAAAAAGGUCUCAGUUAGAACUAUCGUUUGGGUGGCAAACCAACGCAAUGCAAUUAAGGAUUCUUCUAGUUUGCUGACGAUAGACAAUAAAUCUAAAAAUCUUGUACUUGUCAGCAAGAACAGCCUUGUUUGGUCAUCAAACUCUAUGAAAGAAGCCGAAAAUCCAGUAGGACAGCUCCUGGAUUCCGGGAAUCUUGUUUUAAGAGAUGAAAAGAAUGGAAAUUCUGGAACAUACUUAUGGCAGAGCUUUGAUUAUCCGACUGAUACAUUACUUGCAGGAAUGAAGCUUGGAGUGAAAUUGAAGCCCCAACGUAGUAUGCGUCUUGUAUCAUGGAAAAACUAG